AUGGGCCAAGGCUUCUCCCUUACCACGCUUUCGGCUGGCUCGGCCAACAUCGACGUGCCAGAGCUGGCCGACCUUCGCUAUGAAAAGUCUCUCGGAGCGGCGCGAUUCAUGAAAUCAGUAAGAGCCAGGCACAAGGAUGGCCUGGUCGUUGCACGCGUUGUCAUGAAGCCUUAUGCGCAGUUCGAUCUCAACCGUUAUGUCAGACGUCUUGGUGAAGAGCGCAAGAUGCUCGCCGAUGUCCCCAACGCCCUAGGCUAUCACAGAAUCCUCGAGACGGCCGUAGGAGGCUACCUUGUGCGUCAGUAUAUUCAUAGCUCCUUGUACGACCGCCUGAGCACUCGCCCAUUCCUGGAAGAGAUAGAGAAGAAGUGGUUGUCGUUCCAGUUACUUUGCGCUGUCCGCGACUGCCAUGCACGGGGCAUCUACCAUGGCGACAUCAAGACUGAGAACAUCCUCGUCACAUCGUGGAAUUGGUUGUAUCUUACAGACUUCUCCGCUUCUUACAAGCCACCAUACCUGCCCGAAGAUAACCCUGCUGACUUCUCAUUCUAUUUCGACAUGUCGGGACGGCGUACCUGCUACCUUGCCCCCGAACGGUUCCUUGGCCCAGGAGCUCAGCCGGAAGGCGAAGGGACCGUCACGUGGGCAAUGGACAUCUUCUCUGUUGGUUGUGUGAUUGCUGAGCUGUUUUUGGAAUCUCCCAUCUUCAACCUCAGCCAACUCUACAAGUAUCGCACAGGGGAAUAUGACCCCGGACACAUACACCUGAGCAAGAUCAAGGACAAAGAUGUACGGGAGCUCAUCACGCACAUGAUACAGAUGGACCCCAGUUCACGAAUGUCUGCUGAAGAUUACUUGGAACAUUGGCAAGGCAAAGUCUUCCCCCACUACUUUUACGGCUUUCUCCAGCAAUAUAUGCAUUCCAUCACAGAUCCUACCUCCGGCCGUAAGCCUGUGACAACCGCCAACGAGCACCUUGGCGAACCUGACGAUCGGAUAGAGCAGAUCUACAGCGACUUUGACAAAAUCUCACAUCUUCUUUCGAGCAACCAAGGCAACGCUCCCGAGAAGCCGAAACACUCGCCACCGAAACCGAAUGCAAAAUUGUUUCCUCUUUGCAUCGAUAUACCGAAUUAUCAACAUCAGGCAACUCCUACGCCCAGCCUCGCGAUCGACGAUGGGAAUCUCAUAUUUCUUACUAUUAUUGUUUCUUCAUUGCGAGGCACUGCCAGAGCUUCGGCUCGACUACGAGGCCUCGAGUUGCUCUUAGCUUUUGCCGAGAGGCUUACAGACGAAGCCAAAUUGGACCGUGUUGUGCCUUACGUUGCGCUGCUACUGACCGACAAGUCUGUACAAGUCAAGGUAGCCGCUCUACGUACAAUGACGCAGGUCCUAGAUAUGGUGCAUGUUGUGUCGCCGGUAAACGCAUACAUCUUUCCAGAGUAUGUUUUACCUCGUUUAGAGCGAUACCUCCCAGAUUCCUCCAACACGGUCGAUCCAUUAGUUCGGAUGCAUUACGCUUGGUGCAUUGGAACACUGGCGACUACUGCAGCCCGGUAUUUGGACGUCAUUCAAGCUCUGCGUGCUGAAGGCACUCUGCCCGCAGCGGUACCAGAAGCCGAAGAGGAACUCACAUCUUCCGUUCACCGAAAUCAGUUCGACUCAGACCGCCAGAACCUAUUGGAAGCUUUCGAGAAGCACACAAAGUCUCUCCUCAUAGAUUCCAAUUCAUCUGUUCGCAGGGCCAUGCUUCGGUCUGUAGGUGAGCUUUGCCUCUUCUUCGGGAGUCCUAGGGCCAACGAUGUUGUGCUGAGCCACUUGAACACCUAUCUGAACGAUCCUGAUUGGAUGCUCAAAUGCGCAUUCUUUGAAGCGAUCGUGGGCGUUGCCGUAUUCGUCGGCAGUGCUAGUCUAGAAGGCUACAUCCUCCCACUUAUGGUGCAGGCCCUGACCGACCCGGAAGAAUUUGUGGUAGAAAAAGUCAUUCGUGCCCUCUCAGCAAUAGCGGAACAGGGACUGUUUCAGCGCUCCAAGGCUUGGGAGUUGGUUGAUAUAGUGGCUCGCUUGACCAUGCAUCCAAAUAUCUGGAUCCGAGAAGCAGCUGCGCAAUUCAUCGCAGCUGUGGCGAAAUUUCUUUCGGUUGCCGACAACCACAGUAUCUUGGUCAACCUGAUCAGGCCAUAUCUUAAGAUUGUACCGUCGGAGUUUACUGAACUGCACCUGCUCGAUUCUCUGAAGAAGCCUUUAUCAAGGCUCAUCAUGGAUAUGGCGUCCAAUUGGGUGACGCAAGCCCAGAAAGGGUUGUUUUGGGUAUCGGCAAAACAACAGCAGACAUUCUCUUUUGGCUCAUCCGAAGAUACUCUGCCAACGAUAUCUGGAAGAGAACUCGAUACGAAAAUACUGCAACGGAUGCAGAAAACAGAUGAAGACGAGCAGUGGAUACGAAAGCUGAGAAAUGCGGGCCUGACUGUCGAAAACGACUUCAAGCUGGUUGCACUCCGUGAGUUCAUAUGGAGGGUAACGCGCCGGCGACGUUCAGACAGCUUUACGAGAAAUUCUGGCAAGUUCAACAAGAUGGUUUCCCUGAAAGAUUUAGACAUUCGGCCGCGCACAGUCCUAUUCGAGAACGCCCAGCAGACCGUCGAACAUGCGCGCCGUGUGUCGAUCCAAGAUGAUGGAUAUCAGCCUAAAACUAUCAGGGAUGCAUUAUUGGACGCUUCCACAACGGAAACCGAGGCGCAAGCUGCUCGGAGGUCCGCGCGAAGCAGUAACCAGACCGAUGGAUCAGUGCGAGCAGGUCAGCGACCCCGUCGAAUCUCUAUCCCCGCGCGACCAAAACUGGCUUCAUCUCCAAGCGAUUUGCGAUCAGGUAUAGAUUCACCGGCUUCUGAUACUACAGAACCUAGACCGAACUCACUGCAAGUGCCUCGGCGUGGCUCGCCGAGUGUUCUGUCGCCAGUGGGAUCUCUUGGAGCUGGGGAACAUAUUCAUCCUCUGCGUCACAAAGGCAGUGCUCUAGCGCUCCUCAACAAAGGAGACAAAGCUCAGGCCGAAAUCGGUUUUACGUCGACAAAUGCAUCUGGAGAAGUUGACGGCGCCACUGCGCGAGAAGUCUCUCGCACCCGUCACCGACCUUCAUCGUUGGCGGGCGACCAUAGGCAUGGAAGCCCCUCACGCAGUCGACUCCGCGACGCACACAAUUAUACGGGCAACGAUCCAGCGGUGCUCAAAUUGCUCGACUCGAUGCUUCUGGAACGAUUCCCUUCGGGAGCGAUGGAAUUUGGACCGAAGAUUGAGGCGUCGAACGAACCUGCCUUCAUCCGUUAUAAGGAUGGGCACCAGUCACCGAAUGGGCUUCCUUGGAGACCGGAGGGUCGCUUACUGGGCGUUUUAGGUGAGCACACAGCUACCGUACGACGGAUACUAGUGGCCCCGGACCAAACCUUCUUCAUCACCGGCUCUGAUGACGGCACUGUCAAGAUCUGGGAUCCAUCUCGUUUUGAACGGCAUCUCUCACUAGGCGCACGGCAAACGUACCAUCUCGGCGAAGGCGUUAAUGUGACCAGUCUCUGCUUCGUUGAGCAAACGUACUGUUUCGUUGCCACAGGAAGUGACGGCAGCGUGCAUGUGGUGAAAAUAAAAUUCCAUGAAGAUAAAGAGGAAGAUAACAAAGGUGACAUUAUCGUCACAAGGAAGUUCUCGCGACCUAGGAUGUUGCGUGAGUAUCAGCUGCCCGAAGAUGACUAUGUUACAUGGAUCGAUCAUUACAAUGAGGACGAUAAAUCGGUCCUCCUGAUGGCGACCAGAACAUCGAAGGUUGUUGCAUUGGACCUCAAGACCAUGACGGAGUUAUACACACUGAAGAAUCACGUUCAACACGGAUAUCCCACCUGUUUCUGCGUCGACAAGAAGGCACACUGGUUGUUGCUUGGUACGUCCCACGGCGUGCUGGAAUUGUGGGAUGUCCGCUUCAAGCUCCUGCUAAAGUCGUGGGUUUUUCACGCGGCGACCGCUAUACAUCGCCUCUACUUGCGUCCCAUCGGAAAGCCACGCGUGUAUAUUACCGGUGGUACCGGACAGGGCGAAGUUACCGUGUGGGACAUUGAAAAGACCAUCUGUAAAGAGGUAUACCGUACCGGUACAGCGAAGGAUACGGGAUCGAAGACCACCACUCUGAUAGAUCUCGAUUUCGAAACAACAGGUGGCAUGCUCGGUCGAUUCUCCACCUUGGAACCAACAGCCAGUACCGCCCCAAAUAAAGGUGUAAGAGCCAUUGUCGUAGCAAACCAAGCCACCUCCCAGAAACCGGGGAGUCGAGCACACACAUUCCUCUUAACCGCAGGUCCAGAUUGGAAAGUCCGCUAUUGGGACACCGCUCGUCAGGAAGCGUCCUUGGUAGUUAGCGGCAUGGAACCGGACGAGGCCAGGCCGCAAUAUACUACUAGCCAGCCGCCCUCGUCUCCCGAGACACAGGUCGUCACUGAACGACUGUCUCAACCUCAAAAUCAAAGCCAAAGCUCGACGACCAGGGAUAGUCGGAGCGGCAAUAAAAAGACGGCUGUGAAGAGUAGUCGAUCUGGACUCAUCACUGUGCAACAGCAACAUCUGUUAAGAGGGCAUCUGGAUACGGUUAUGGAUGUUGCGCUCGUAGAGCAGCCAUAUGGGAUGGUCAUUAGUGCGGAUCGGUCCGGCAGGGUCUAUGUUUUUGCGUGA